AUGCUCGCGGGACGGGCCUCAGCUUGCCUCAGCUUCGUCUGCUGUGCACUCCCCGCCCGCGCCAUCAAGAGCACUUUGAAUUGGGAUAUCGCGCGGAAGUUCUGGUUUACGUUCCUUUUCUUGACGGUCGUCUGCGCAAAGCUUCUUCACAUAUACGCUCAUUGGGACUCGGUCCCGCUCUCCCAGUUGAUUCUGUGGGGAUCCACGUUCUUUCUCCAGGAUUUCUUCUUUCUGUUGGCUGGAUAUGCCUUGACGCAGAAUUUCCAAUCUUUGAUUGCGCGCAUCGCGGCGGGACUGGUGGUCGUGUGCACUAGUCUGAUCCUCUCCGUCAUGGCGGCCGCAAAUACCUCCUUCUAUGUCCUUACCGGCGCAGAGAUCCAUUGGCGCCAGGCAGGCUCCUUCAACGCCGAUCCAGCUGCCAUCAACACCCUGCUAACGGGUCUCACCGGUCUCGUUAUCGUCGAAGGAUUACUCCUCGUUGCGGCUGUUUUCGCUUCGCCAUAUCCAUAUAACGGCAUGGAGACUUUGGUGGGUAUCUGGAGUCGAGUCGCCAUGGCAGCGUGGAAACCUACUGCCGAGGUUGCCAAGCCGGCAGUCGACUCAUUGUUGAUUCGAUACCAGCCUGUGGUAGAGCGUGUUUUGAGUCGCACUGCUCGCGGCAGAGAUAUUUUCGCCAACAUGAAGGUCUAUGAGCCCGUGGCGCUGAGCGAUUACGACGAAGAGGACAAGAUCGCGUCGAAUUCGGCUCCGCUUUUGGAUCAACCGAGUCAACUUGACGAUGGGCAGCCUGCGCAUACGGGGCGUCCAAACCAUGUGCAGCUCAUCAAAAUGGCACUUGUCGUUGCUGCCACUCUUUUCGUUCUCAUUUUGCGAUGCUUCCGUCCAUCCGAUGAGUCAUAUGGAUUCCUCUCUCAAACCAUCUUCCUAUCUCCAUUCAGCGGAGUCGACUCGCAGACAAAAUUGGCCGGCAUCACCGGGGAGCGCGAACUGGAUGGCAAGCUGACGGCUCUGACCACCCCGCCAAAGUUCGACUGGUUCCCGGAGGGCAACUGGCCCGGCUUCAGAGAUUGGGAGAUGUCCACGAACGGAGAAUUCGAGCACAAGCAUUACAAUUCGACUGAGGAUCCUCUUCAUAUCUCUAACUUGGACCUGGACGUGCUGGAGCCUCUCCGUGAGGUCCUCAAAGGCAAUCACUUAAAGAUCAAGCACGUGCUCGUAUUCAAGAUGGAGAGCACUCGGUUUGAUGUUUUCCCGCUGCGAAAUGGUUCCUAUUUCCACGACCGCAUUUUGGACUCGUACAAGGAUAGGCAGGUCCCAGCGGAUGUUCAGAGACGCUUAAAUAACCUCACUCAUACUGCGGAGCGUCUUACCGGCACAGAGUCUGGAUUCCACAAGAAUGGAACUGUGACACCUUACGGCGGUAUCUAUGCUACUAACUCAUACACCGCCGGAACAUUCACUUUGAAGAGUAUCGAAGGAACGACGUGCGGUCUGUCGCCACUUGUAAUGGACUUCAACCACGAAUACGAACACCACAUCUACCAGCCCUGCAUGCCACAUGUUCUUGACGUUCUCAGCGCCAGCACAAACGAUAGCGCCAGCGCCGAUUUCACCAACUGGCCCUGGCGACCACGGUUCAUGCAGUCGAUCACCGAUUCCUACGACCACCAGGACCGUCUUACUCCUGCGUUGGGAUUCAAGCCCGAGAAUAUUAUCACCGUCGAGUCGAUUGACAAGGAACACGCAAACGACACUUCAUUCCACGGCGAGAAGUUCAAUUUCUGGGGAUAUCCCGAUCACGACCUGGCAGGCUACUUCCGUGAUGCGAUUAACCAUGCAGAAGAAAAUCACGAACGCCUUUUCCUUGAGCAUUUGACUGGACUGACUCACCACCCGUGGGACACGCCUGGCAAGAACUAUACCGAGCUCAUCAGCUCGUCUUGGGGUGGAAAUAACGACGAUGUCAACAAAUACCUCAACACCAUCGGCAUCAACGAUAAAUGGUUCGGUACCGUGCUCGAUAUUCUCGAGGAGACAGGCGUUGCCAACGAGACCCUCGUCAUCAUGACAGGCGACCACGGCCUCUCCCUUCUCGAAGACAACAGCAUCACCCCCUACGACAACCCGCACGUCGCCAACUUCCACGUCCCACUAGUCAUCUCCAACCCCAACCUCCCCCCAAUCCAAAUCAACUCCUCAGUGACAUCCAUCCAAAUACUCCCCACAAUCCUGGACCUCCUCCAAGAAUCCGCCUCCCUCUCCCCGCAAAGCGCACAGGCCAUCAAAUCCCUCCUCCCCCUCUACGAAGGCCAAUCCCUCAUCCGCCCCAUCAUCGACUCAACCGAGCACACCCGCAACUGGCAGUUCACAGUCAUGAACACGGGCGGCUCGAUGGUCGCCAUGCGCUCCGCCGCCAUGCCGUACAGACUCAUUGUCCCGCUCGUUCCGGAGGUCGAAUGGCGGUUCACGGAGCUGGGCUCCGAUCCGCAUGAGAAGAAACCGAUUAAAUCGUUUGAUCUUGAGGCGCUGAAAUCGGCUGUUGCGUUGAGGCAUGGAGCUGAGGCCGUGCAUUGGGUGCAUGAGGCUGCUAGGGCGGCGCAGUGGUGGGUUAGUGAUAAUUGGAGGCGGUAUGAAUAUUCGCCGUGA